CCGACAGCAUCUCGUGACAGAUUUUAUUUACCAGCAGCCAAACUGCUGCAGCUGGAGCGAGAGCCGUCGGCUGCUUCAUGGGGCCAGAGUCCGAGACCCACAUGAAUCUAAACAUGCCUUUUCGGAGACAAGUCUUUAGUUAAAGCUGCCGUAAAAGACAAACCAUGUGGAGAGUUCAAGGUUUUGUUGGAAGAGUUCUGCACCGAUGCCAUGGCAGCACCCCCCUGCGACUUCCCCAGAACCAGGGGCAGUCUCAGGGACUGGGGGAGGUUGAGGUCAUCAACAGUUCAGCUGUCCUCUCCAGGUCUCGACACUCCUCUGACAUCAGCUCUCAGAAAGAGGAGGAUGGAGAGAGGAGGAAGAAACAGAGGACCUUUCAGUUUGGCUAUGCUGAGCUUCCACGUUACACAGCCCUGGAUGCUGUGGGAUGGGGUGCUGCAGCAGUUCUGUUCAUGCAGAUCUGCAGGAAGAUCCACUCCCAGUUCUCCUCAAGCACUGAGCCGAAUCCGAUCCCCGGAGCCCUGACAGCACCCUCCACUCUGCACAAGUGUGGCUACCGCAUCCUGCUGGAGAUCUUGUCUAGACGAGACGUCCUGUCCAGAGGAAGCAGUGUGUUGUGUCUGCAGGGGGUGCCAGAGAGACAGGACAAAGACCAGUCUCUGAGCAGCAGUUCAGGUGACUCCAGUCUCCACAGCAGCAGUGAACAGGACCAUCUGACUGCUGACUGCUCCCUCUGUGACCAACAGAGGGCACUCCCAAACCAGGAUUCUCCUAUACCUGAGGAACCACUUCUGUCAGCAUCCUGUCCUUUGCAGAAUGAUGCCAACCGAGACCACACAGAGACUACAGAUGCUAAUGACAAGGACAUGUUGUCUGAUGAGGAGAGGCUGGCAGGAGCAGCAUUGAAUCUCAGACAUGUGGGCGAAACCAGCAUUCCCGUUAUCCUCAACAUCAUUGGUCUACAAAGUUCCAAUAGUGAGAACUACGAGGAAGCUUUUACAUGUUUUGUAGCUGCAGCUCAGCAGGGUUACGGCAAGGCCCAGUUUAACACGGGUGUGUGCUACGAGAAAGGCAGAGGAGUCAGCAAGAACAAAGAGAAGGCUCUGUAUUACUACUGGCAGGCAGCGGUUGGGGGUCACAGACAGGCUCAGUACCGCUAUGCAAAGCUGCUCCUGACCAGCAGGGGGCACCAGAGUUUAGAGGAGCUGAAUACAGCCAUCAACUUACUGGAACAGGCUGCUGCAGCUGGACUCACCAAGGCUCAGGUCUGCCUGGCCUCGGUCUACACUCAGGAGCCGGUGAGAGACGGGAGCAGGUCUGUCCACUACCUGAAGAUGGCUGCAGAGAGCGGAGACGACACCGCCCUGCUGUUCCUGGGUCAGUGUUUUGAGAGCGGCAUUGGGGUGCAGCAGAAUCUGAGGACAGCGAUUGAAUACUACAAACGAGCGGCUCAAGCAGGCAACAAGCACGCUAAAAGCUUAGUGACGCCUCCUAGUGAUACAUUCAGUAAGGCAGAAGAUGCCGUGUUGCGCUCCAUCCGUUCAGCUCCAUGUUUCUCUGCAGCCGACCGUCAGCUCCAGCAGCGGCUUUCCUCUCUCGGCAGUCGCGUCUCUCCCUCCACCAGUCGCCCCGUCACCCUUCCCCUACUGCCUCACUCGUGGAGCACCGGGAGCCUGUGUGCCCCCCCGCCGCUGUCCUCCACGCCUAUUCACCUCCACCCCAGCAGUGAGGGAGGAGCCUGCCAGUGGACUGUAGGGAUAGGAUAGUUUACUGAGCAGGUCCAAAUGAGGAAUGUAUUUCAUAGCGUGAAUGUAUUUUCACCAGAGGAGAAAGGUCAAAGUGUCUUAGGUGUGUACAUAUUGUGAAGUCUGGAUUAGAUUGAAUAGAUGUAUUUACAUUUAUAUAUAUUUUAUACCUUUUAUAUACUUGUAUAUAUGAGUAGACAUUAUGGUGUUUAAGAUUUGUGUUUUUGAAAGUCUGAAAGAGUUGUUGGAUACAAGGUCUUAUAUGUAGAAUGAGGAGGUUUUUUUAAUUAUUUGUUUCUAUUUAGUUCUUUUUUUUUUGUUAUAUAAGUUAAUGUGAUCUAGGUGCCUUUUAAUUAGUGUCAUAGGUUAACCCUCAAUAAAACCAUUACCAUCUUUGUAAAAGAACAACUAUAGAAGUGACAAAGGGAAAAGCUUUGUGAUAGUCCAACCUUAACUUUAAACAUGCCAAAGUGAAUUAUGAUGCACUGUAAGGAGGAUGUUGUUCUGUCAUGGACACAUGCUAAGUAAAACUAUUUAAAAAAAA